ACACACACGCGCUCAUAUUCUUCUUUUUACUCACUUGGCCCAAUUCAUUUCCAAAAUUUCACAUUCCAACAGACUCGUAGCUCUCACUCACUGAGUCAUGUUUCAACCACCCAACAAUAGCAGCAACAACCAGCAUUUGGUUCAUACAAAGGCACUGUCUGUCCAAGGGUCCUCAGCAUUGGUGCCAGUGGAUUUGAAUGAAAACUGCACGGAAACGAAGGACAAUGUGCAAAAUGGAGAGUUUAUUAAAGCAGAAAACAUCAUCCGACACUCCCAGAAACUACAAGAUGAUCUACAUACGCUAGGGAUAAAAAUUAAGCAGCAUGAGGACAGGCUGAAUCUUCUGAACAUUGAAAAAAGCAAAUUAGACGACUCUAGUCUUCAUUUGCAAGUUACUAUUGGGAAAUCAAAAUCUUCAAGCACGCCCAAGACCGGUAAUGCCGACGAUUCCCACAGUACAACCGAGGAGGAGGUAAAUAAACAAAUAUUGCAGCAUGAAAAAACUGCUGCUGGUAUUUUGUGCCAGGUGAAGACUCGUCAUGGAGCGCAGGCUUCUCUUCUUACACUAUCAAAGGAUGUUGUAGGUAUUGUUGCUAUGCUGGGAAAAGUUGAGGAUGACAAUCUUAGCAGACUUUUCUCCGAGUAUCUAGGAGUGGACACUAUGCUGGCAAUUGUUUGUAGAACUUAUGAAGGAGUUAGUGCUCUUGAAAUGUAUGAUAGAGAAGGAUGCAUAAAUAAAAGUUGUGGUCUUCAUGGGCUAGGUGCCACAAUUGGAAGGGCUUUGGAUGGUCGAUUUCUAGUGAUAUGUCUUGAAUCUCUAAGGCCUUAUGCUGGUAAAUUUGUGGUUGAUGACUCACAACGGAAGUUGGACAUUUUAAACCCAAGAUUGCCCAAUGGGGAGUGUCCGGCUGGAUUUAUGGGCUUUGCUGUGAAUAUGAUUAAUAUAGACAGCUGGAACCUAUUUUGUGUAACGCCGAGUGGUUAUGGUCUCAGAGAAACUCUGUUUUAUAAUCUCUUUUCUCGUCUACAAGUAUAUAAGACAAGGGCUGAAAUGAUACAAGCACUUCCUUGCAUAAGUGAUGGAGCUCUUUCUUUAGAUGGAGGAAUGGUUAGGAGUUGUGGUGUAUUUUCCUUGGGGAAUAGGGAAGAUGUUGAUGUGAGAUUCCCCAGACCCGAAAGAGUAGCGGGGAUUGAUGACCAAAUUGAAAUUGAGAGGCAAAUGAAAGACGUCCAAUGGAAGAAGGAAAAGAUUUUGGACGAUUUAAAAAGGGAAAGGGCGUUGUUGGACAUGGCAAAGUUCAAUUUCAAUAAAAAGAAGAAUGAUUUUCUUAAGUUUUUGGCUUCAAGUUCAUCUUAUGCAACUCAGGUUCAGACUACUGACAGAUACGUAUCUAGAUGAUAAAAUUAAGGCUGAUGGCAAAGCUAUGAAGAACAUAACAUGUGGCUAACAACUUAUUUUUGGCAUUGAGCAUAUAGCUCAUAUCCUUUUUGAGGACUGGCUCUGGAAGGAGAACAUGAAGGUAAAUUUUGGAUAAAAAAAGGAAGCAUGUUGUUUUUUGUAGCUGGAGUCCUUUCUACAGUUAAAGGCUUCCUUUUUUUCUUCAAGUUUUGUUGUGAAGAAAAUCAGAUUAGUCUACAAGACACUUCAAGACAAAAUAUAAAGGAUAGGAUAACCAUUUUCGUGAUUCCUUGUAAAUCGAUUAGCUGGUUAUACUCUUUCUCUAGUGAGUGUGAUUGAAGGCUGUGAAUGUUGUAGAUCUUUGUUAAGCAUUUUUUCUGCUUGUAGUUCUAUAAUUUCAUUUGACCUUAGUUGUUGUCAAAUUUUCCUUUCUUAUUA